AUGAAGCUCACGGUCAGUACCGAAGUCGCCAAGGUCUACAAUGUGCUCGGAAACAAGAUGUACAAGCACAAGAAAGCCUUCGAGUCGCUGAUCCAAAACAACAAGAGCGAACACCGACUCAAGGAGGGAGUGCUCCAGACGGAGAUCAAGAAGCUCAAGGAUAGGAUCCUCGCGCAAGAUGCGCAUAUGACAGUUUUGAAUGACGAGCUCACGGGAACCCAGGCGGCAAUGCUCGAUACAGGCAAAGAAAUGAUGGAAAUCAAGGCAGCUAACGUCAAGCUGCGACAUGAGCUAGCUUCGCUCAAAGCAAGCAGCGUCACUGUGACACAAGGUCAAAUGUCCAGCACGGUCCAAUCGCACAAACCCCGCAUCAAAAUUGCUGAGCCUCCACACUACUCGGGCAAAGGAAGUCUGGAGGAUUGGCUCCAACAACUCGGUGGCGCGUUCACAUACAUGUCCGAAUAUGCGACCAGAGCAGCAGCACGGCAGGCACUUGGCACAUGGGAAGACUUCGUCAACAUUCUCAAAGUGAACUACAGAACCCUCGACCCGGACAAGGAUGCGCAGCAGCAUCUGAAGGAUAUCUGUGGCAAGACGUAUCCCACGAUGGUAUCUUUUGCAGAACAGUUCCGCCAAUGGGCCACUAAGACCAACUUAGGGCACACUGCACUCAUCGGUUACAUCGCUGAACACCGAAGCAAGGACAAUAUCUCAACCUAUGCCUUCAAUUAG